UCACACUAUAUUUACCACUAUUAACUUUCUCGCGCGCCAUAUGUUGCAUACACGCAGACGGUCCAUUUAAAACAAACAUUUCUCGUAAUCUCGCCUACCGUACAACGAACAGCUGAUUCGUGAGCGGGGGUUCAAAUAAAAGCAGCCACACGAUUAGAAUGUGCUUAUUUGAGAACCUAACGCGGAGUCCUAAACGUCAGUGGACUUUCAUAAUGAACAAUAACAUCAAUGGAAAGGUCGAUGGGCAGAAUGUGGUCGAAUAUUCUACGUUAGAUAGUUCCGUGAAGGAAUUGAUCGAGGCAGCUAUUCAAGUACGGAACAACGCCUACUGCCCGUACAGCAACUUUCCCGUUGGAGCAGCGUUAAGAACCGCUACGGGUGAAAUCGUGACCGGAUGCAACGUGGAAAAUGGCACAUUUGGACCGUCCGUAUGCGCGGAGCGAACGGCCGUUUGCAAAGCUAUUAGCGAGGGACAUCGCGAGUUCACCGCGGUGGCUGUCGCGGCUUAUCAGGAGGCAGAAUUUACGGCACCCUGCGGUACCUGUCGCCAGACACUCUCGGAAUUCAGUGCGAAAGAUAUACCCAUCUAUCUGGUCAAGCCUUCGCCAGUGAGGGUCAUGAUAACAUCGCUAUUUAAACUUUUGCCACACGCCUUUUCGCCCACCUUUCUUAACAACAAAUAGUCCACAGUGUGGGACGUGCUGGGUGUGUGGGAGGCACAAGGAAGGCGCACAAAAUAUCCAAUAACUUAACUGCAGAGGUGAAUUGUGCGCGCGUUAUCUACCAACAGCAGCCAAUGGGAAGCUAUCUUAUCCGAGCCCGCAUCUUAUUUCGGCACACCCUCUCUAGCAUAAUCUAAAACAAUGUAUAGCUAUGUAAUACAUACAUGCUUGGCGAGACAAGCUUCGGUA